UUUCUUAUUUUAUGUAAGAACAAUUUAUUGUUUUGUCUGCUAAGGACUCAUAAACAUCACGAUUGGAAUAAUAAAUGCUCUAAAAUGAAUGUCAACUUCGGUGGAUACUCUCCAAUUCGCACUAGCAUGGGUAUUUGGGUGGUCGCGAUGCUUGUCGAGCACGAUUUGAUCACUCGAGUUCCGCGGAGCUUCCCAACAGUUGACGAGGCAGAUUUUGUGUCCUACAUGCUGCGCAAGAGUAACUUUGAAUUGAUGCUUGCUAAUAACGCCGGUUGCAUCCGCCGCUUCGGCUCCAAGAACCUGAACAACGUCAUCACUGGACAAGACUUCUUUACCAAAAUGAAAGAAUUCGUCCGCAAAAACGCGUACAAAGAAGGGUACAUUCCAAUUUGAAUGCUUAUCCAAACGGAAAGCAUGAAGAUUUUGGUACUCAUCGACCUUUUUUUUAUUGAUAUUCCGCCCUCAUUUUCAGACCUUGAAUUCCUUCAGCAUGACUUGUUUUUAGUAUUACUUAACUGAAUUCCCAUUGCUCCAAUGUUGAGCAUUUCUCUCAUAUCCACAUUGUCUGGUUUCUAAUAUUCAUAAUAGUCUGAAAAUAAAAUUUUUGUUGUU